GUAGCAGCGAGCUGAUCUGAAAGAGGUGCUUGUCUCGCUCGCUCUCCCCAUUAGUAAUUUUGUGAAGUUGAGACGCCGGACGUCAGCAUGGCGAGCGUCGCGUCGUUGGAAGCUUCAGUACAGGCAACGUUGCGCACUAUACGAGCGCAGGAGGCGGAGGCGCAGGCGCAGGCGCAGCCGUUCACCAUCUUUCGCAUCCCCGCCUACAUCCGUGAGAGAAACCGGACCGCCUACGAGCCGCGCAUGGUGUCCAUCGGCCCCUACUACCAUGGCGCCGCCACCCUCCGCAGCAUGGAGGACCACAAGUGGCGCUUCCUCAACCACCUCCUGUCUCGUAACCCCAAGGUCAGCUCGUCCGUCCUGAUCCAGGAGAUGCGAUCCCUGGAGGCCACGGCUCGGGCGUGCUACAGCGAGCGGCCCGCCGCCCUCGACUCCGACGACUUCGUCCGGAUGCUCCUCCUCGACGGCUCCUUUAUCCUCUAGUUCUUCUUCAAGUUGCACACCAAGGAGCCCGACGCG